AUGAAAUUGAGCAGAAUUUAGGUGAUGAUAAUAAUCAAAAUUCAGAGAAGGAGAAUAGUGAAAAAAGUAAUGAUAAAGAAGAAGAUGCUAAUAUGAUAGAGAAUGAUUACAAAGAAGAAAUUGAUAAAAUAUAUAAAAGAAAGAUGGACUAUGAAGCUGAAGAGGAAGUCAAUGAAAUUGAUGAUAAUUCAACUAGACCAUCUGAGUCAGAUAUUGCAAUACAUGAUAAUAGUUCAAAUGAAACAAUGAAUGCACCAUUUGCUGAACAAGAGUUUUGUAGUUGGGAUGAUCUUGAUCAUUUUAUAUUAUUUUACACAAAAUCACAAAAUUUUGUGAGUGUCAUACGUAGAUUAGAAUACAGUGAUGGAAUUUGUAGAAAUCGUCGAUACGCUUGUGAACAUCAAGGUCAUAGUGGUACGAACAAGACUAGUAUUGCUGAAAAUCAAUGGCAGACACAUAGCAAAUGUAUUGGAUGUCAGUGGCAAGUUCAAGCUAGUUGUCCCAAGACAAUGGGCAUAUUAAAGUUUAAUUCU